CCCCGCCCCGCCCCGCCCCGCCGUGCAGAGGGGCUGUGCUGUGUCAGACCGCGCCGAGCUUCACCGCGGAGGCCCCAAGUUAGUCAUUUUGCUGUCAUGCUUCCCAGACAGAAACGUGGCAAAAGCAGUUCAUGAACAGAAAAACUCACGCGUGGUCUGCAGGUGAACGGUGACGCUGAGAUGAGCUCGGCAAGCAGGAUUGAGUUUAGAGAAGCAGAGGGCUACUGCUCGCUCAGGCAGGUAGCAAAACCUCCAAAGUUCUCAUGGCUUUUAUUGGGGAGUACAGCAAGUAACAGUGGAGUACAGCAAGCGACAAUGGAGUACAGCAAGUGACAAUGGCCAUGGGGGAUCAGGACCUACCAGGGGUUUUGGUGUCUGGAUUUGAAGGGCCAUCUGGUAUAUGUAAAGAUCAUGUUGGAGAGUUGCAGAAAUACUUUAAUCUCAUUACCAUGCAAGACCUGCUAGAAAAUAAAACACAAGUGGGUCCAAAGAUCCAGGCUGCAUAUAUCUGGAACAGAAAGCCAGCUAUUGACCAGGAGCUCCUGCAGAGCCUGCCCGCCUUGAAGAUUGUUGCCAAUGCAGGAGCCGGUUUAGACCACCUGGACCUGAAGCUCAUCGCCAGCUUUGGUGUGAAGGUGGCCAACACACCGCAGGCUGUUUCCAGUCCCACCGCAGACAUGGGCAUGGCCUUACUGCUGGCGGCAGCCCGGAGAGUGGUGGAAGGUCACCAGUUGGCCACCUCACCAGAUACAAAGAGCUUUUCCACAAACUGGCUGGGCCAGGAAGUGACGGGGUCCACCCUGGGGAUUAUCGGCAUGGGCAGUAUUGGUUACAAGGUCGCUCAGCGGGCCCGGGCAUUUGAAAUGAACAUUCUGUACCACAACAGGAAACGCAGGAAAUCAGAGGAGGAGGAAGCUGUUGGGGCCACUUACUGUGAGAGGCUGGAUGACCUCCUUCAGCGAUCAGACUUUGUGGUGUUGGCCAUGAGCCUGACACCCCAAACCCAGCGGCUGAUCGGGAGGAGGGAGCUGAGGCUGAUGAAACCUACGGCCAUCCUCGUCAACAUCGGCAGAGGUCUGUUAGUCGAUCAGGAUGCCCUGGUGGAAGCUCUUCAGACUGGAGUCAUUGGAGCAGCAGCACUGGAUGUGUCGUACCCAGAGCCUCUGCCCAGAGAUCAUCCUUUGUUGAAGUUGAAGAAUGUCACUCUGACACCUCACAUUGGAAGUGCAACUCAUCAAGCCAGAUGGCAGAUGAUGGAAAAUUUGAUUGGAAGUAUCCUGGCUUCUCUCAAUGGCCUUCCCAUUCCUAAUGAAGUGCUACUUAAGUGAUUUAUGUGGGCUGAGAAUUCAGAGGGAUUAACUAUGGCUUUCCCAUAAUAUGGCUAAUGAGAAAAAUAUUGUUUU